CAGGGCAGGACACGAGGUUCCACGCACCAUAUUAACCCAUGAAAACCCAAAUUCACCUGAAAAUCAGAAACAUCCAAUUUACUUCUCGCCCAAAGUCAUGCGCCGAUGGCUACGUCUCUGUCCUUUGGAUCGCUACCGUCUUCUUCUUCCUCCUCCUCUCUGAUGCUCAUCACCUGCUUGGGCUCCGUGAUCGCCUUCGGAUCCGUCUUCAUCUUCGUCCGCGGAAUAUUCAAUCCCCAACACGACGACGGCGACGGCGGCAACACCGUCGCACUGGAGAGGCUUGGCCUCAAUAUUGGCCUCGGAAUCAACCGGUUCAGGCUUGAUCUGAACCUGCUGUUCGUGAUGCGUCCGCAGGAAAGGAUUUUCGAUCUCCACGUCCGGAUCGGAGGCGGUUAUCCGCCGGAGAUCGCCGGCCUCCUCCUCCUCCUCUUUCUCCGGUCGCAGGCGGCGCCGAUUCUGAUGCCGCUGCUGGAGGACAUCGAGUGCGCCGCCGUUUGGUUCCUUACGGCCAUGCGGAGGCCUCGAUUGGCCUUGCUAAUCUUGUGAAAACGUGCGCGGCCGGCUGCUGCAGUUUGGACCGCAUUCGCAAUUCGCAAUGUAUGGUUGGUUGCUUGCGGAACAAAUUGCUCCGAAUCGAUCGCCGGCGGAGGAUUCAACUUCGUAUGGUAUGGUAUGUUGGCAUGGUUUCUUCAUUGGAGAGCCCUCCCCUCGUCUUUUUAUAGGGGGAAUGCAAUGCAAAAACGCCCCCAAUUAUGAGUGAAGUCAGUCAGUCAGCCAGUCAAUCUCUGAGAUUUAGUAUUUUCAAUACAAAUAUUGUAUAUUUUAAGAAAAGAUGCCAUUACUUGUGGGAUGGACUAAAAUUUGAAUCAUAAUAUAAUGGUUAUCACAAUUCACAACUAGAAAUGAUAAG